ACAGUGAAGGAGGACCAGGUGAUGCAACAGAACCCGCCCAAGUUUGACAAGAUCGAGGACAUGGCCAUGCUGACCUUCCUGCAUGAGCCCGCGGUGCUCUACAACCUCAAGGAGCGCUAUGCCUCUUGGAUGAUCUACACCUACUCUGGCCUCUUCUGUGUCACUGUCAACCCCUACAAGUGGUUGCCAGUGUACAAUGCUGAGGUGGUGGCCGCCUAUCGGGGCAAGAAGAGGAGCGAGGCCCCGCCUCACAUUUUCUCCAUCUCUGACAACGCCUAUCAGUACAUGCUGACAGAUAGAGAGAAUCAGUCCAUCCUGAUCACGGGGGAAUCUGGGGCAGGAAAAACAGUCAACACCAAGAGAGUCAUCCAGUACUUUGCUGUUAUCGCUGCCAUUGGGGAUCGCAGUAAAAAGGACCAGACCCCAGGCAAGGGCACCCUGGAGGACCAGAUCAUUCAAGCCAAUCCUGCCCUUGAGGCCUUCGGCAAUGCCAAGACUGUCCGGAACGACAAUUCCUCCCGCUUUGGGAAAUUCAUUAGAAUCCACUUUGGGGCGACUGGAAAGCUGGCAUCUGCAGACAUAGAGACCUACCUUCUGGAAAAAUCCAGAGUUAUCUUCCAGCUGAAAGCAGAAAGAGAUUAUCAUAUUUUCUACCAAAUCCUGUCUAACAAAAAGCCUGAGCUGCUGGACAUGUUGCUGAUCACCAACAACCCCUACGAUUAUGCAUUCAUCUCCCAAGGAGAGACCACUGUAGCCUCAAUUGAUGACUCUGAAGAGCUCAUGGCCACUGAUAGUGCCUUUGAUGUGCUGGGCUUCACUCCAGAGGAGAAGAAUUCCAUUUACAAGCUGACAGGUGCUAUCAUGCACUUUGGAAAUAUGAAAUUCAAACAGAAGCAGAGAGAAGAGCAGGCUGAGCCAGAUGGCACUGAAGAGGCCGACAAGUCUGCCUACCUCAUGGGGCUGAACUCAGCUGACCUGCUCAAGGGGUUGUGCCACCCUCGGGUGAAAGUGGGCAAUGAAUAUGUCACCAAGGGGCAGAAUGUCCAGCAGGUGUCAUAUGCCAUUGGAGCACUGGCCAAGUCAGUGUAUGAGAAGAUGUUCAACUGGAUGGUGACGCGGAUCAACGCCACCCUGGAAACCAAGCAGCCUCGCCAGUAUUUCAUUGGAGUCCUUGACAUUGCUGGCUUUGAGAUCUUUGAUUUCAACAGCUUUGAGCAGCUCUGCAUCAACUUCACCAAUGAGAAGCUGCAGCAGUUCUUUAACCACCACAUGUUCGUGCUGGAACAGGAGGAGUACAAGAAGGAGGGCAUCGAGUGGGAGUUCAUUGACUUUGGCAUGGACCUGCAG